CACCUGCUCAGACAAAAUUCAUCUUGGCUGCUUUCCAGAAGAAAUGGGGAAGUUUGGAGUCUUGUUUCUGUCUUUAAUUUUGCAGAUCAGUACGAGAUGUGCUUCAGGUGUAAGCGGGGUGGAGGGAGAGGUGCGCCUGGUCAAUGGAGGGAACAGCUCAUGCUCUGGACGAGUGGAGAUCUUCCAUGAGGGGCAGUGGGGCACAGUGUGUGAUGAUUUCUGGAGCUUGCAGGAUGCCCAGGUGGUGUGCAGACAGCUGGGCUGUGGCAGGGUGCUCUCUGCUCCUACAGAUGCUAAUUUUGGAGAGGGCACCGGCCCCAUUUUGAUGGACGAUGUGGCGUGUACAGGAGAGGAAACUAAGCUGUCCCAGUGUCAUCAAAGGGGCUUUGGGAUCCAUGACUGCAGCCACAGUGAGGACGCGGGUGUGGUGUGUGAAGCUCUUUCUCCUGUGCGGCUGGUGGACUCGACAGACCGUUGCUCGGGCAGAGUGGAGGUGUACCAUGACAACCAGUGGGGCACAGUGUGUGACAAUUCUUGGGACCUGAAUGAUGCUGAUGUGGUGUGCAGGCAACUGGACUGUGGCCAGGCGCAAUCUGCAAAUUUAUCUGCAGCUUUUGGUCAGGGCACAGGACGCAUCUGGCUGGACAAUGUCACCUGUUCAGGAUCUGAACCAUCAGUAACAGACUGUCAGCACAAUGGAUUUGGAAAUCACAACUGUGGUCACAGCAAAGACGCUGGUGUGAAGUGUACAGGUAAAAACAACACAGUUCUACCCUCUCCUGGUACUGGGAUGGAGGGAGAGGUGCGCCUGGUCAAUGAAGCGAACAGCUCGUGCUCUGGACGAGUGGAGAUCUUCCACCGGGGGCAGUGGGGCACAGUGUGUGAUGAUUCCUGGGACUUGAAUGACGCUAAAGUGGUGUGCAGACAGCUGGGCUGUGGCCCAGUGCAAGCUGCACUUUUAUUGCAGCUUUUGGAGAGGGCACAGGACACAUCUGGCUGGACGAGGUCAACUGUACGGGAUCUGAAACAUCAGUAA